CGCAGGAAGAAGAUAGGUUAUCUUCCUGCUCCUUGACUUCACAGCAAGCAGAUAGGUUAUCUUUUUGCUCCUUUAUCUUUUGAAUCCCCCUCCUCUCCCCUCUCUUGUGUGUUUGACAAUCUGUUGUGGAGUUUGAACGACAAAUAACAUAACAUGGGAAGAACUGCUUAUCAUGGGGGCGGUGGUUUAGGCCUCUGCUUUGCAGUGUUGCUCGCGUUCGUUGUCCUGGGUUCCGUUGCUUUAUGGCGAUCGCCGCACCACGCUGACAGCGGCGAUGCUGUCAAUCCAUCGACUUAUCUCGUAGCUCCUCUGGGAAGUUCUCGAGGUGCACUGGAGACUACAUAUCCUCCUAGGAGAGCGCUUGCACAGCUGAAGAAAGGGGAUAUACUCAGCGGUGAGGGGGGCUCGUCACAAAAGGAUGGAGGGCAGAGGAAAGCGAGAGUCGGCAAUAAGGCAGAGGCCGAUGACCAAUUACGAGAGAAACUGUUGAAGGAAAUUGGAUCUUCAUGGGAAAUCGACGCGCUGGGGACAGAUGUUGCACUCAAGCCUGUGUCUGAGCCUCAGCAAAGCACCGGAAUUUACUAUGAUGCCUCCGCACUCAUAGCAACACAUGCGGAGAUGGAGGAGAAGUUCAAGAUCUAUGUCUACAAGGAUGGAGACGAACCUCUAGUGCAUACGGGGCCUUGCAAGGAGAUUUAUGCGAUUGAUGGGUUGUUCCAGAAUGAAUUACAGAGAGAGACGAACAAGUUUGUGACCAAAGACCCUGCUCGUGCGGAUCUCUUCUUUGUUCCCUACAAUCCGACAAAUGUUGUGGACCUCUUGUUUGAACCUGGCAGUCACAGCUAUGCCCCUAUGGUCGAGUUCGUGAAAGACUACAUCACUCACAUUCAAUCUCAGCAUCCUUACUUCAAUCGGUCGAAUGGAACGGACCAUUUCAUGUUAUCAUGCCACGACUGGAGUUCAUACACGACGUGGGCGCACGAGGUCUUCGACAUCAACUCCAUCAAGGUGCUGUGCAAUGCCAAUUCGUCUCAGAACUUCCACUCUAAAAAGGACGUCAGUCUUCCCGAGUUGACGAUCCCUGGUGGCAUGUACCCACUCGUCUUCGAUGGCAAUCCCCCGGAGAACAGGUCUCUGCUCGCCUUCUUUUCUGGAGGCGAUCACGGCCCCGUCCGCCCGCUGCUCUUCCAACACUGGCUGAAUCGGAACGACUCCGAUAUGCUCAUCUUCAAGCAGACGCAGGUCAUUUCCUUGGACGAAAAUUACAUUAAGCUGAUGGAACGGGCCAAGUUUUGCUUAUGCCCCGCUGGCUAUGACGUCAACAGCCCUCGGCUCGUGGAGUCAAUAUACUACGGUUGCGUUCCCGUUAUCGUCACUGAUGACUUCGUGUUACCUUUCUCCGAGGUGCUCAGGUGGGAAACCUUCUCCGUUCGCCUUCCUGUGAAAGAUAUUCCCAACAUGAAAAAGAUUCUCGCUAGCAUUCCGUUGGCAACGUACAUAUCCAUGCAGGCGAAGCUCAAACAUGUGAGAAGACACUUCAUAUGGAACAACCCGCCGCAGAAGUACGACAUCUUCCACAUGGUGAUGCACGAUCUCUGGGUCAGGAAGAAGCGGUUGCUCAACAAAGAGAUCGAGUACGUCUAUGUUCCCAAUGUUCAUUAAACCACGGGGUGGCGCCGCGAGGUACGGGCGGCCCGGGCCAACUUCACGUUGUCGAGUAAAUUUUCUGAUGGCACCCGAUGCUCGCGGGCUGUUAACGCCGAAGGUCGCCCAGUAGGUUCUUUCUGGUGGUUGGUCGACUGCAUGCUCAUGCCGAUACCUUUUUCCCUCUGCACAUCCAUAUUGGCAAGGAAAAAGUGGCUGCUCAACAACGAGGUUGAGAAGGAUGUCUAUGUUGCCCAUGUUCAUCAACUGCAUACUCAUGCCAAGGCUUUGUCGACUUAAUCUGCAGUGACUGCUGGCAUCGAGGAAGUCCUAGUCAGACAGAGUAUGCUGUCUUCACUGUUAGUCAAAAACCAACGGAUCGGAUGAACGGAUUGGUUGAUUGGUAUAGAUGGCUAGAUGGGGUUCCUUGUAGUCUUGUUGGCCGAACAAAUGGUAGGCCUCUUCUCUCCAUCGUCCCCCUCCCAUCCGUCCUUGUAUAGAUUCUUCUGCUUGGUGAGUGUAUGUCUGUGUACGAAGUUAGAAAACAAGUUGCGAAGCCGGAGCGGAAGUGGAGGGAGUAGUAGUGGUAGUGAAGAGAGGAAAAAAGGAGGAUGAGUGUAGAGCGCUUGUAGGGGUCUAUAUAUAUAUAUAUAUAUAUAUAUAUAUACACACACAUAUGGAACUAGCAGAGACCACGAUAGACACCAUGUUGGCAUCACUGAGGGAGGAGCAGAUUCAUCGAAGGUUUAGAUCUGGUCUUCAUCAGAAUGCCAGCUGCUGCAUUGCAUUCGAGCACACGUCUCAUUCCGUGUUCGUCUUUUGUACAGAUGAAGUUGGAGAAUAGUUGCCUUCCUGUCUGCUUGUGCGAAUGCGCCGAAUAGUAAACCAUAGAAAUAACCAGCUCCGUCUUCUUUUGGCUGAGCAUCCACUCUCGAAGUUUGAAUCAUGCACUUCAGGAUGAAUGCAUGGAUGGAUGCAAGAUGUGUGGAUGAUCCAAAGGCUAGGUGGCUGGACUGAUGGAGAAAGGAAGAAUAAUGAACAGUCGAUAGACGGUGGUGAUGAAGAGAUGGAUGUAAGUAGGGAAAAAAGAGUUGUUGCUUCAGCUCAGUGUCCAUUGGCUAGGUCGCUGGACCGACAGAGCAAUGAAGAGAUGGAUGCAAGUAGGGGGGAAAAAAGGAGCUGUUGCUUCAGCUCAGUGCUUCAACAAGCUGGAUGGAUGGAUGAAGGAUUGGAAGGAUGGAAAAAUAAAUGAAGCCAAGGAGUAGAUGGAUAAAUGGGUGACAAAGGGAUGGAGGGAGGGAGGAGGGAGGUUUUGUAACGUUAAAAAAGACGCAUCGUAGAAAAGAGAGUAGUGUGAGUGCGUGAUAAGUUUCCUGGAGAAAUAGCGUGAACAAGAAAAAGAGAGGUGAGGCGUUGCAUGAGCUGCUGCUGCAAUCGCUGUGCAUUUGCCAUGCUGCGAUGAGGUGGAUGGAUAGACUCUUGCGAAGUAGAGAUAGAGAAUAAGCAAAACUUUUUUGCCAGAGCGUGUUGCAGAUGGGAGAACAUGCAGUGGUGAUUUCCUUGUUGGUCUAUUAUUUGACCAACCAACUUGUCGGGUUGAUUCGGAUGGAGUUCAAGGUUGUGACGAUGAGAAGAAUGACCGACUUUUUUCCUGCCCUCCAAAGAAUCCUUUUCUUUUUUUUUUUUUUUUUUUUUUUUUUUUUGGGUCUCAGAGAACUUGUUCACACUUGUCAGCACCGUGGAGGCUGCAACAACCAAUGAUGGAUUGGGUAAAGUACUGACUGAGCUUUUGCGAAGAAUCAGUUACGUAAGGGAGAUGACUUUAGAAGACGCAUCGACUUGCUAGAGAUUGAUGGGUUCUGCCAGUGCCCAAUUCAAAACGUACGGUGGUCUGGUGAAGAGGGUAGUGGCUGCUGAGCAUGCGGUGGCUGUGGGUUGCAGUUUUCUCCGUCACUCAUGGUUGCAUCGAAACUCUUUCAGUACUGGCAAGCUGAGGAUCGUAACAACGUAAAUAAUUAUUGGACUAGACUUGGUAUGAGUGGGCUGUGUAUGGCCAGCAUGCAUCCGGUUUUCGUCUUCUUUCAUAUGUAUUCAACGCCGGAUGCUCGUUUUUUGUUCUUUUCUCUGCGGGGAAGCACCAUUCAUGCCGUUCACAGUCGGUCGUUGGUAGUUGGCAAAUGCAGCCGCCGAGGUGCCGGCGGUGGAUGUGAAUGAGUGAGCACUCUGAUAGUUUGCGCAUGUAAUGUUUCCAUUCUUGGUGGAUGAGAGGUGGAGGUGGCGGGUCAAUGCGGGAACAGUUUUUUGACACGUUGUUAGCUCACGGUAUGUACAAAGUGUGUAGGCAAACCAUUCAUCGUUGGAAAUGCGCCGUACACAGUCCUCAUGUUGGGAAGAGUGUACAGCUGAAGCCAUUUUGACCAUGACCUGCCGAAUGCUUCUUGUCCUUCUGGAAUUCCUUCUCCGGGCGAUUGCCUACGCCUAC